UUCAAGCACGCUCAGUAGACUGUGAAAGGCGGUAGUAGUUACAGCACAGUCCAUAGCAAGGAUUGCAAGAUGUUCAAACAAGUCGUAGCAGUGGUGCUGUUGUUCGCAGCAGUUGCUCAGGGAUUGGAAAUUAUUCAAUGCUCCAAUAAUCGGCCCACGCCCCAGGAAGUGACCGUGCCGGGAUGCACUACCUUGCCCUGCCAGGUCCCGAACCAAUCGGACUUUAACUUUAGCGUGCGCUUCGCACCAACCUUCCCAACCAACACACUGACGGUGGAUGUGCGUGCAUCGCUGUUGGGUCUGUUCCUGCCCUACGAGGUACCGGAGCAUCUUCGCAAUGGCUGCAACAACAUUAACACUUCCUGUCCGCUGACGGCCGGGCAAUCCGUAACGCUGACCGGUACGGCACCGGUCGAGGCUCCGCUCACGGGCGUCACUGUUACGAUGGAGUUCGAAAUAACGGGCGAUGGUGGACAGGUGGCCGUUUGUUUUGCCGCCACCGUGACGCUGCUGUAAUGCGGGUGGAAGGCGUUACAAAGGUUACACAAGGGGUAAUAAAGCAGAUGUUAUAUCGCAUCAUA